AUGGCCAGCGAAUGGAGCGCAGUGUGUGCUUGCAAUGUGCUGUCCAGCAACUCCACCAGGGCGCUCUCAUCCACUGCUGAUGCCUUGAAACGUUUGGCUCAUGUGGGACGCUGUUGGGACCUUGCACGGAAGAUCCCGCCUGAGCUUUAUGCUGCGGCGCAUGUGCUCUUUCAGGAGUAUCAGGCGGAAGCUGCGGAGGGCAAGGAGCCCAGCAUCAGUCAAUGUGUCCCGGGCUCCUUCACUGCGAUGUUGGUCCUACUGCUCUUGUGGGAAGCCCAUGAUGCACCGGAGGAACUCUUUGACACCGCUCUUGAUAUCAUCAUCCCCCUGGAGCACAGCGUUGUGGCCCCCGCCAUGGCCGCUUUGGGCAGCGCUGGCGUCCUGGAUUGCCAGACAUUUGGCCGCAUCCAAGACGGGUGGUGGCCGGGCGUCCUGGAUCUGCGCUACUUGAGACGCUUGACCUCGCGCCUCUCCAGGAAGCGAGAAACCUGGCGACUUUUGGCUGAAACUGGCCAAGAGCCGUGGCACCCAAGAGAGGUCGCAGAGCAAGCGCAACUUGCAGAGGUCGAAGCCAGGUCGAGUUUGUGCUUGUGCAUUUUGCACGCUGAGGGGGCCGAAACUCUUCGUGCCACCUUGGAGUCCUACAAAGACGGUGGUCUGCUGCAGCUGGCGCAGAGACGCUUCGUGGUCUUUUUGAAACGUGCAGAGGAGGUGGUUCAUUGUUGGCGAGAAGAGGUAGCAAAGUUCUACAACUUGGAGCCCAUUGUGCCAGUGGCGGACUGGCCCGAUCCUUUCAUCAGGAAACGCCAGGGCGAGGUCAAUCCAGGUGCGGCGAUGAAAGCGUGCGCCACAUCCUGUGAUCAGGAGUACCUUCUCUUCCUGGAAGAUGACUUCCAGUUGGUGACCAGGAGGGUACCUGGUGGACGAAUCUCGGGUUUGUCGGAUUUGUCGGAUUUCGGUGUUCCCAGCAUCGAUGAAAUACGCGAUGCUUACGAUUUGGAAAAGUUGCUGGGUCGUGGCUCGGUUGGGAUGGUCUACAAGGCGCGGCGACGGGCCGAUGGCCGGAAGGUGGUGGUAAAGCUGAGAAGCGUCAUCGAUAAGGAGGUUGCCAGAUGUUGCCGACAAGAGUUUGAGGUGCUGCGGCGCUUAUCCCAUCCAAACAUCAUCACAGCCAUAGAUUUUCUGGAGCAGCAGAACGAAGCAGCACUGGUCUUCGAGUAUUGCUGCGAUAUGACACUUCAGAGCAUGGUCAGAGCAUGGUGA